CUCUGAGCUGAGCUGAAAGAUGGUGCACCACCACCACCACUACCACUGCAAAGAGAAGAGACCCAAGUUCUGCAUCAACGACCACGUCGACGUCCUCGCCGAGAUCCUCAAGCGCCUCGACGGCCGCUCCCUCUGCCUCGCCGCCUGCGUCUGCCGCCUCUGGUCCGCCCUCGCCCGCACCGACUCCGUCUGGGAGCACCUCUGCUUCCGCCACCUCUCCCCUCCCCCUCCCUCCUCCGUCCGCCCCGUCGUCUCCGCCCUCGGCGGCCACCGCCGCCUCUACAUGGUCUGCAUCCGCCCCGUCCUCGGCCGCCUCGGGCCGUCCCGCAGCGCCGAGCUCCCGUGGCGGGUCCGGUCCCGGGAGGAGCUGCAGCUGUCGCUCUCGCUGUUCUGCGUGGAUUACUACGAGAGGCUCGGGAGCGGGAGCAGUGGCGGUGGAAGAUUUGGCGACGGGUCCGCGACCGCGCCCUCGUCGCUGAUGUUCCUCUGCAAGCCCGUGAACGUCUGAUGAGAGAGAAACAUUACAUCGUUUUUCCACUUUUCUUAGUUUUUUGACCUUUUCCUUAGGGCAAAAAAAAAAAAAAAAGGUUAAAGCUUGAGCGUAGAAGAGAAGGAGAAGUUAGUGAAGCGACCCGCCAGUCUAUAUCCAUUAUAAAUUCUUUUGUUUAUUAUAUUAGAAAUAAAUGUUAUAUCCCCUUAUUUAUAUGAUGAUCAUUAAUUUGUCCGAGCAUUAUUGCAUUAUUUG